AUGUCGGAUUAUCGUCAGAGAACCAUAAUUAAGGUCUUCCGAAAAUACAGCCAUGCUCUCGGACCAGAGGCACUCGAGUAUUUGGAAGAGAUUCUGGAUGCACAUGAGAUUCCGGACGAACAGGUUGAAGAAUCCGUUGACCUGAUAGCCAAGGAAUACAACAAGCAGGACGAUGCUGUGAUGAAAGUCUCAUUGAGCGUUCUAAAGCGUGUGUACGAGUUUCUGCAGGGUGGAACCAGUAGUGGCAGUCAGAUUAAGGAGGAUGUGCUCGACCCGGACGGACACCUCUGGUUCGUCAACGCGUUUGAUAUGCCACUGUGGCACUGGUCACCUGAACGAGGCACCUUCGAGAAAUCGGCAGAAUCAUUAACUGUAGCCGGUACAGCCCAUUCGAGGGUCAUGGCCGUGCGUAACAGGAUGAACAUUAUCAAGCAGACCGUGCUACGCAAUGAACAUUUCUCACCAUCAACCUUACCCUCCAGAGACCGCGAACAUCUGCUCACUCUGAAAUCCACCAAACACCUCCUCGGUCGAGCAGGUGGCCGAUUUCUUCUCUUCGGGAUGCUGACGCAUUCGAAAGAGGGUAAACUAUGUCUUGAAGAUGAAGACGGCACUGUCGAGCUUGAUUUCAACCCGUUAGAUCAGCCGAGUGAAGGGCUGUUCACAGAAGGCGCAUUCGCUCUCGUUGAAGGUGACUACACCGAAGACGGUAACUUCGAAGUGAUCGCCAUCGGCCAUCCGCCGUGUGAGAAUAGAGAUACGGCCAGGUCAAUAUAUGGACACAUAGACUUUCUAGGCCAAGGAGCGACGACCUUAGUCGAAGAUGCGCAAUCAGCUUUGCGGAUACAGGAGGAAUUGUCGGACCUGAGCUUCUUCUUCCUCUCCGAUGUCUGGCUAGACCAUCCAGAAACACUGAAUGGCUUGCGAAAGAUGUUCGAUAAUUGCAUCGAGAACAGCUUCAUACCCAAAGUCAUCGUGUUAUGUGGAAAUUUCACAAGCCACGGAAUAUCGAAUGGGAAUGGCAGAGAUAUUCAGAGAUACCAGGAGAAUUUCGAUGCUCUCGCCGACCUCAUAGCCUCAUACCCAGCUAUAACGAAGGGGACACACUUCUUACUGGUGCCAGGUCCUCUGGACAUGGCAGCUAACUCCAUUCUACCUCGAAGACCACUGCUCUCAUCGCUGGUGUCGCGGCUGAAAUCCAAGGAAAUCGCCAUCUUCAGGGAAGACAUGAUGGCAAGAAUGCUUCGGAACCUGGUGGGCGUGAAGCCUGACGUCCGGAACGACGACCUAAAGAGAUAUCUUGUGCAAACUAUGCUCGAUCAGAGCCAUCUAUGUCCCCUCACGAAUAAUAUACAACCGAUAUAUCCUGACUACGACCAUGCGCUUCGCCUUUAUCCAUUGCCUACAGCAGUCGUGAUGGCGGAUAAGUAUGAGAGUUACCAAAUCACCUAUGAAGGCUGCCAUGUCUUCAAUCCGGGGAGUUUCGUAGGAGGGACGUUCAAGUUCUCUAUGUACACCCCAGCGACGAGGUUGUCGGAGGAAUGCAUUAUCGAGUUUGAUCAGGAGGACUCGUAA